AUGGUUUGGACAGUACUUGCCGCAACUAGCAGUUGCUAUGUUUUUGCUAUAUUUUUUGUCUUUUUCUCUAAUUAUCAAGCAGGUGCUGUGCAAAGUAAAGCCAACGUUGUUAUUUUCCUAGUUGAUGAUCUUGGAGUGGCUGAUUUGGGAUGUUUCGGGAAUGAUUCGCUCAAGACUCCACACAUCGAUAGGUUGGCCUCACAGGGUGCAAGGUUAACACAUAGUUUAGCAAGUGAAUCGAUAUGUACACCAAGUAGAGCGGCCUUUCUAACGGGGAGAUAUGCAGUAAGAUCAGGAAUGGUGCCAAGUGAGAGCUCGUUUAUAAGAGUUUUCAUUUUUAAUGCUGUGCCUGGUGGUCUGCCGCGAAAUGAAACAACUUUUGCAAAGUCACUCGAGGAUGAGGGGUAUUCAACAGCUUUAAUAGGAAAAUGGCACUUGGGACUGAACAAAGAAUUCAACAAUGAUUUUUACCAUCAUCCUCUCAAAUUUGGUUUUCAGUCCUUCUAYGGWAUUCCCUUAACAAACAUACGUGACUGUGAUGGGAAUGGCACRGUAUUUGGUCAUUUUAUGUCAAGGAAAUCAAGAGUACAAUUCACUGGAACUAUUCUCAUCACAGCACUAAUGGCAAUCAUGGCAGUGUUGAUGGGAAAAAUGAGAAAAUGUUAUUUUGUUUUCUUCAUGAUUGUCUUAGUUGUACCAGCAUGUUGCCUUYUGUUCCUUGGCCAAUUUAAUCAAAUAAUGAACUGCAUUUUGAUGAAGAAUUACACGAUAGUGGAACAACCAAUCAUUUUGGAAAACUUAACAGCCAAAUUUACUAAUGAAGCUGUUGAAUACAUUGAAAGAAACCAAGCAAAGCCAUUUCUUCUACUUAUGUCCUACUUCAAAGUCCACACAGCAUUAUUUACAACCAAGAAAUUCAAAGGUCAUAGUGGUCACAGUCGCUAUGGUGAUAAUGUAGAAGAGUUGGAUUGGAGUGUAGGUCAGAUAGUGGGAACCUUAGACAAGCUUGGAAUAAGAAAUAACACGUUUAUAUACUUUACAUCUGAUAAUGGCCCACAUUUAGAGGAAUUCUAUAAUGAUGAAUAUCAAGGGGGAUGGAAAGGCAUGUUCAAAGGAGGUAAAUCUCAGAGUUGGGAAGGUGGUAUCAGAGUACCAUCUAUUGCUUCCUGGCCAUCUCAAAUUCCAUUUGGUAUCAACAUUACAGAACCUAGCAUUGAUCUCAACAUUUUUGCCACAGUCCUAAAAAUCGCGSGUGCUUCAAUUCCAGAUGAUCGUGUCAUUGACAGCAAAGACAUAAUGCCRCUACUUAAACAAGAAGUCAUGUACACACCAAAUGAGUUCAUGUUCCACUAUUGUGCAAARGCAGUGCAUGCCGUUAGGUACAGGCCCCGACAUGGUUCAACUGUCUGGAAAUUACACUUUAUAACACCCAUAUGGGAAAAUGGUACUCAAACAUGUCCAACAAUCGCAGUUUGUGAAUGCUAUGGUAAAAAUGUAAACAAACAUGAUCCUCCCUUGCUCUAUGAUAURACUAAUGACCCAAGAGAGGAGUUCCCUAUUGAUCCUAGUGAGCCUCAGUAUAAAGCUGUUGUAAGUAAGAUUAGUAUUGCUGUACAAGAGCAUCAAGCUAAAGUGGAAGCAGUUCCUCUUCAACUUGAAAASUACAUAUGGCGUCCUUGGCUACAGCCUUGCUGUAACUUCCCUUAUUGCAAGUGCACUGAAAAUGUAGCUAACUUAAGAAUUCAUCCAUAAGAGAAUUGUCAUUAUUAGAGAAAUGUUUAAGAUUACAUUAAAUAAAAUGCACUAUGGAGUUUUAAAAUAUUUUAAUUGAUUUUAACAAAAAGUUUUGGCUCUGAAAAAAAAAACAACAUGAAUCUAGUUUUUGGUAAAAAUGCGUGGAAGAAAUACAAUUUCAUUUUCAACUGUUUUUUUUCUCUCAAGCUAUAAAUUGACAUAAUUAUAUUGUAUGGUCAUGCCUAUAUAUUUGUCUGGCAGUGCUUGAG